UGCUCCUCGCAGAUGGCAGAUGGCAGAGCCAGUCUUUCAGGGCUGCCGACCGCCAAGUCCAGCUGAUAGAACCAUGGAGACAACCCCUGAUGCUGCUUUCAAGUCCCUUAUGGAUGGAGUGACAAGCUGGGAUGUCCCCACAAGCCCCAUCCCCAGCGAGCUCCUUCUUAUUGGAGAGGCUGCCUUCCCAGUGAUGGUGAAUGACAAGGGCCAGGUGCUCAUUGCUGCCUCCUCCUAUGGCCGAGGCCGCCUGGUGGUCAUGUCCCAUGAGGGCUACCUGCUGCAUGCUGGCCUGGCUCCAUUUCUUCUCAAUGCAGUGGGCUGGCUCCGCCCCUCCCCUGGGGCUCCCGUUGGAGUGCACCCAUUCCUGGUGCCACUAGCGAACAUCCUGCAGGACUUUGGGGUUGAGGCACAGGUUGGGCCAGAACCAGGAGAGCCCCUAGGGGUUUAUUGCACCAGUGCCUACGAUGAUACCAUGACUGCGAAGCUGAUCCAGUUUGUGAAACAUGGAGGGGGCUUGCUCAUUGGGGGCCAAGCCUGGUAUUGGGCCAGCCAGCAUGGCCGUGACAAGGUGCUGUCCAUGUUCCCUGGGAACCAGGUGACCAGUGUGGCUGGAGUGUACUUCACCGACAUCUAUGGAGACAGAGGCCGGUUCAAGGUCUCUAAGAAAGUGCCCAAGAUCCCACUCCAUGUCAGGUGUGGGGAGGAUCUCAAGCAGGACCAGCAGCAGCUCCUGGAAGGCAUCUCUGAGCUGGACAUCAGGACAGGGGGCAUCCCCUCGCAGCUGCUGGUGCACGGGGCCCUGGCCUUCCCCCUGGGGCUCGAUGCCUCCCUCUGCUGCUUCCUGGCAGCUGCCCGCUAUGGCCGCGGCCGGGUGGUCCUGGCUGCCCAUGAAGGCAUGCUCUGUGCCCCCAAGAUGGGGCCCUUUUUGCUCAAUGCUGUGCGCUGGCUGGCCAGAGGCCAGACAGGCAAAGUUGGGGUGGACCCAAGUCUGAAAAAUCUGUGUUCCCUACUGUCGGAGCAUGGCCUGCAGUGUAGCCUGGAGCCCCAUCUGACCAGCGACUCCUGUGUCUACUGCUGCAAGGUUUACAGCGACAAGGAGGCUAAGGAGCUGCAGGAGUUUGUGGCUGAGGGUGGGGGGCUGCUGAUUGGGGGCCAGGCCUGGUGGUGGGCCUCCCAGAACCCAGGCCGCUCUGCCUUGGCUAGUUUCCCUGGUAACAUCAUCCUCAACUGCUUUGGCCUCAGCAUCCUGCCUCGGACCCUCAGCCCAGGCUGUUUCCCUGUUCCCACCCCUGAGAUGAGGAGCUACCACUUCCGCAAGGCACUGUCUGAAUUCCAGGCUAAACUGAACCACGGGAGUGGGAACUUGGAAAAGAGCUGUCUGGCACAGCUGGGAGUAGAUGGUGCAGCCUUCCUGCAGAUUCCUGCAGAGGGCGUCCCUGCUUAUGUGUCGUUGCACCGGCUCCUGAGGAAGAUGCUGCGGCGGUCAGGCCUCCCAGCUGUGAGCCGGGAAAACCCAGUGGCCAGUGACUCCUGUGAGGCCACAGUGCUCUGCCUGGCCACGGAGCUGGCGCACUCUGGAACUGACUGCUCCCAGCUGGCCCAGGGCCUUGGCACCUCGACCUGCUCCUCCAGUGUGUACCCCUCGGAACACCCCAUCACCGUGGAGAUCAAUGCAACCAACCCAGGCAGCGAUGACUCCUGGGUGAGUACUGGGCUCUACCUCCUGGAAGGACAAAAUGCAGAAGUGUCGCUGUCCGAAGCUGCUGCCUCUGCCGGCCUGAAGGUACAGAUUGGCUGCCACACCGAUGACCUGACUAAGGCCAGCACACUCUGUCGAGCCCCCGUGGUGACCCACCAGUGCUGUAUGGACAGGACCAAACGGUCAGUCUCCUGCCUCUGGGGUGGCCUCCUCUACGUCAUUGUGCCCAAGGGCAGUCACCUCGGCCCUGUGUCUGUCACCAUCACGAGGGCUGUGCCUGCCCCCUACUACAAGCUGGGUGAGACAUCCCUGGAGGACUGGAGAAGCUGUGUCCGGCAGAACCCAGCGCCCUGGGGAGAGCUGGCCACGGACAACAUCAUCCUGACGGUGCCGACCGCAAACCUCCAGACCCUGGAAGAUCCCGAGCCUGUGCUGCGCCUCUGGGACGAGAUGAUGCAGGCCGUGGCCAGGCUGGCGGCCCAGCCCUUCCCUUUCCACAGGCCCGAGAGGAUCGUAGCUGACGUGCAGAUCUCAGCUGGCUGGAUGCACUCGGGGUACCCCAUCAUGUGCCACCUGCAGUCGGUGCAGGAGCUCAUCAGUGAGGCUGGCAUGAGGAGCAGAGGGCUGUGGGGCCCCAUCCACGAGCUGGGCCACAACCAGCAGCGACGGGGCUGGGAGUUCCCCCCACACACCACCGAGGCCACCUGCAACCUGUGGUCGGUCUAUGUGCAUGAGACGGUGCUGGGCAUCCCCAGGGCCCAGGCCCACCCUGCGCUGAGCCCUCCAGAAAGAGAGAAGAGAAUCAAAGCCCAUCUCAGAAAAGGAGCCCCCCUGUGUGACUGGAAGGUGUGGACAGCUCUGGAAACGUAUCUACAGCUCCAGGAGGCCUUCGGGUGGGAGCCGUUCACCCAGCUCUUUGCUGAGUACCAGACGCUCUCUGGCAUCCCCAAAGACAAGGCUGGCAAGAUGAAUCUGUGGGUGAAGAAGUUCUCUGAAAAAGUGCAGAAGAACCUGGCUCCCUUCUUUGAGGCCUGGGGCUGGCCUGUCAAGAAGGAAGUGGCUGAAAGCCUGGGCUGCCUGCCUCCGUGGCAGGAACACCCCCUGAGAGCGCACCUCUGCACCGAGGGGUGAAGAACACUCAGCAAGGGGGCGCGCGGGGGCAGGAUCACGCCCCCAGCUCCAUCACCUGGUCUUGUGCGCCCGCUGCCUGGAGCCUGAGUCUCACUUCCCAGUCUGUUUGCAGGAUGGCAGUCAAGGUCAUGAGACAAAAUGGAACCGACUUUCUCAGGAAUAUGCCCUUGUGCUUCUUAUUGUUUCUCGGCUUACACUGUUGCUCUCACUGCGGCACUCACUUCGCCACCUUAGUCCUCAUCUUGCCAUCCUGAGGCUGCUGUGUUUGACCAAGAGUUCUAAAGACUAUGGCUCCCAUAAUAACCCGAUAUCACUCCCUCUCCCUUGCCGCUCCCAAACAAGGCUUCUGAUUUCUUUCGCUUUGACAAGUUUUCUAAUAGCAAGAGAGACGGGCUGGGGUAGUGGAGUGGUGGAGAGGGCCCCAAACCAGCUUUGUUCUAUAGGAAAUCACUUAGCCUCCCUGUGUCUGUCUUCUCACCCACGACACGGGGACACAAAUCCCUUCCUGGCAGGGCCGUUGUUUGGUAAUGGUGAUGUCUGUGCACCACAACUGUGUACACAUGUAGGGGUGUUUGUGAGCUUUCUCCUGCGCCCACAGUGGCCAUCAUAGUGUGCAGUCUAGUGGGGACUUCCUGAGCACUGAAUCUCACUUCGGUGUCAACCCCCUUGCGGUCAGCAUCCAGUCCUUGCAUAAUACUAUUUAGAGCAUGUCAGUGUUGUUCCCAGACAUGGUAUCAGUGAGGAGAGUUGUCAUCAGCGCCCCAGCCCAACCUGCAUUUUUUUCUCCCACCUCCGGAAGUAUUCUCAGGUAUAACCUAACCCAAAGAAAAAUGGCGUGCACUCAAACUGAGUGUUACAAGCGAUUGGAGUUCACUCUUCUUGUUUAGUUCCAACCUCUGGAACUUUUGUUUCAACCAAGGAGAAAAGUCACUUUAGCAACUGCUACCAAGUCUAUAAGCCUAUUUUUCUUAGCACAAAACAGGCGUCUGCCUCCUCUAGUCCCUGUGGAGCAGGCACUGUCAGUUGUGAGAGGGACACGAACUCAGUGGGCUUCUCUCUGGAACAGGGUUCCUGGGUGCAGCAGACCAAAUCCUCCCUAAUUAACCCACAACCCAGCAUCCCCUGAGCUUUUUCAUAAUUUCAUUAUGACACUCUGGGUUAGGUGAAGUCCUAACUGGAGGUUCGUGGCCAGGAUCAGUGGGGUGUAUGCCUAGCCACUUUUCUCUAGCUUGCUUUUACACCAUAUUUUUGUUUGUUUGGGAUAUCAUUCCAUAAGCUUUGUUUGGGUUGCAGCAGCCCCUCAUGAGAAAAACUAACCUAGGGGAUGUCUUUUUCUGAAUCCCGCCAACACAUCUCUCUCAAUUCUAGGAUAAUUUCUUUUCAUUUCACUAGUUUCCUUUGGUGCUUUGCACAUGAAAGGUGCUCAAGAAAGAUUUUUAAGUGAAAGAACAGUAAUGACACCUAACACGUAAUGAGAAGACAAUGUGUUCCAGGCAUUGUGUGAGGUAUUUUCUGUGAGUCAUGUCCUGUAAUCUUCCUAGCAGACCUCAGAGUGCCUCAGAGUGAAUUAGCAAAAGCCUCUUGCAGCACUGACUUUAAUCACUUCAAAUCACUUUUGAUUUAACAAACUAGUGGUGGCUUUAGGAAAGGGCAGGACUUCUCUAUGUUAAUGUGGAAUGGUGUGUAGUGUAUAGUGGUGUAUAGUGUUUUAAAGGUUUCCUUCUCAUUCUUCAGAUCUUAACCUAAAGAUCAUUUCCUCAGGCCGUGUCCCCACUCCCCUGCUUCCAUAAAGCCUGUAAUUUCCCUUCUAUAUAGUGAUCACAUUUGUAAUUACUUGUUUAGUGGCUCUCUUUCCCACUACAUGGAAACUCCACAGGGGCAGAGACCAUUCCGUCUUAUUCACAGCUGUAUCCAUAGCCCCUGAGUUAUGACAGGGUCCCCAGCCUCAAGAUGAUUAAGGCCAAUAAGAACUCUGCCAAAAAAUGCAAAAAGUAUAUUGCAAAACACAAUAAAAGGCAAUUCAUCAAGGAGUUUCAUCCAUACCUGGGUGAAUAAUCACCUCACCAAAUGAAAGCCAUGAUCAGGGAAUUCUGUCCCUACUCUUAAAACUGGAGUCUCUCACCUCACGGGGCUUUACUUCUUUUGAGAACGUCUCUGUUCUCAAACUUCCUCUCAAGGCAUGAUUUACAGAAGGUGCUUCUCUGGCCUUGCUUUACAGCUAGAAGAUGAGAACUCUCAUCUAACUUGGCAGCACCAAAUGCAACAUCUAUGUCCUGCCCAGAGAUCUUGAAAGGCUGCAGAAUCAAAUACAUAGGUACACAGAGAACUGCACCACCUCCAGUGAUCUGCCACUGGGCACAUGGACAACUGGAAUAUCAUAUCCAAACUAGUGUAGAGAAAACCAACUUCAAAACAACUUGUCAACUACAGGCAUACCUCGUUUUACCAUACUUCAACUUUAUUGUGCUUUGCAGAUAUUGCAUUUUUUACAAAUUCAAGAUUUGUGGCAAUCUGGAGUUGAGAAAAUC